CGUUGGAACGCCGGCACGACAAGGGCCGCCGGGCCUACGGAACCCACAUCUACCGGUGAGGUUCACUUGACCGGGCGUCCGUCUUCGGGACAAGGAACGCCUCGGGUCGUUAUACGGCAUGAGACUUCGGAGCGGCCUGCUGCAGCCUCGAACCCGCAUCUACGCGCGGGGUUCGGGGGAGCGAGCGUCCGUCAUCGAGACGAGGAGCGCCUCGGGUCGUCGCCUUGCUCGAGGCCCCACGUCGGCCUGCUGACAUCUUGGAACCCGCUUCUACGCGCGAGGUUCGGGUUACCGGGCGUCCGUAAUCGAAACGAGCGCUUUGGGCCGUCUUCUUGCUCGAGACUUCGGAGUGGCCUGUUCGCGUCUACGGAGCUGUGGGCCGUCCACCUUUUCCUGCCCCCAUGCUGCUGCGUCUGCUCUUCCACGCCGGUCCUCAUCCUACCAGCGAAUGUUCCACCCCAAAGACUCUUGGAAUCUCACCAUGCUCCGGACUUCAAUCGCAACCUCGGCCCGAGCACUCAAGACUGCCCUGCAGAACCCAGAGCUCGCGUCCUUUGUCGACGCGGCGCAGUAUCCUGGAUCAAACUCGUACGCGGCCACGAUGGUUGACCCCCCGCGCAAGAUCCUGAAUGCAGCGUCUCCCCAACACUCGAUGGCGUCUGUCGCAGAGCAAGUCACAGUGGCGCUGGCUCUGUGCAAACCCAGGCGCACGCGGAUCUUCACGGACUUCUGGUCGGCGGCGAUGGCCUUUCUCGCCAGCUCGGUCUCGGCCGAGGCAGCGGCGGUGCUGAGAACCCGCCAGCCAGGCACGGCCCGUCACGUCCUCACUUGGUUUUCGGCGCACAUGGGUCGGAACGUCUCCCCCGGCUCGAUCGACCCCAUUGAGCUGGCCCACGACCAGCCGCGAGGUCUCGUCAACUGCGCCGGUCCGAGGUGCCCGAAUUCGCAGGGGAUCGACCGAAACACGGACCCGCUGCUUACUUUCCACGAGAUCACUGCUCACUACCAGCUGGGACGCAGGCAGUUUCCGGCUCCUCACCCGAAGCCAGGCAGACCCCAGGCCUCGGUGCUGAGAAUGCUGCCGACGGGCUCCUUUCCGUCUUGAUCCAGGCUGAGCCACUACACUCCGGGUGUGGAUCCCCGCUGCCCCGACUGCGGCCAGGAACGGUCCACUUUGAAUCACAUGCUGCGGCAAUGUUCUGCGUUGCGCCACUCGCCUUUCAACAGGCAAGAAGAUUGGGAAAAAAACCGUGAAGAGCGACGACUUUCAAGUCCAGCUUCGGGCUGUCCAAAGGGCCUGCAACAGGGCUGAAGAUCACGGUCUUCUGCCCCCGGCGCGGGUGCGGCCCGCAACUGCGACAACGUAGUCCCUUAGGACCAAAUAAAGUUUCUGGUCUGUCUGUA